UCGCUCAUUACGCGUGUGAUUUCAGAACGGAGAAACGGUGGUUAGCGUGAGAAGUGGAGCAUCGAUGGUGUUUCCGGCCAUCAACUACAUGCUGGAGUAUCCAAGGCCGAUGCUGCCCAACGUCCAGCUAAUUGGUGGCUUGUUGGCCGGACCGGUUCGCGACCUCGACUGGGUGGAGCCGUACAUAGCUGGUGCGGGAGAGAGGCCCGUCAUCUUCGUGUCGUUUGGCACGUUAAUUUGCAUCGUCGAUGGAGUUUCUACCCAAGGUCACCCACGGACGGUUGCAUUUGUCACGCACGGUGGUAAGAACGGUUUGUGGGAGGCGAUCUACCACGCCGUUCCCAUGGUCGCCAUGCCCGCUCGCUGCUGAGCAGCACAGAACGUCGCCGCCAUGGCCAACAGAGGCUUCGGACUUCGUGUGGAUUUCGCAAGCAGUUUUACGACGCAGAAAUUCAGAGUUGCGAUAAAGGAUGUCUUAGAA